UUUCAUCACCCCAGAAACCAGACACAAAAACAUGGCAGAAAUGGAGAAAGAAGGGAGACCUCCCGAAAAUAAAAGGAGCAGGAAACCGGCUCACCCUGUGAAAAGGGAGAUCAAUGAGGAAAUGAAGAACUUUGCGGAAAACACCAUGAAUGAACUUCUUGGCUGGUAUGGUUAUGAUAAGGUUGAAUUGAAAGAUGGCGAGGAUAUUGAAUUCAGGAACUACCCUACAGAUGGGGAGAGCCGGCAGCACAUUUCUGUUCUCAAAGAAAAUUCUUUGCCAAAGCCAAAAUUAUCCGAGGACAGUGUUAUUUCACCAUACAAUAUGAACACGGGCUAUCCAGGGAUUGCCACAGGAAAUGGACUAACUGACUCACCAGCAGGGUCAAAAGAUCAUGGGAAUGUACCCAUUAUUGUACCAUUAAUUCCACCACCUUUCAUAAAGCCACCAGCAGAAGAUGAUGUGUCAAAUGUACAAAUAAUGUGUGCCUGGUGCCAGAAAGUGGGAAUCAAGCGAUAUUCCCUGAGUAUGGGAAGCGAGGUGAAAAGCUUCUGCAGUGAGAAGUGCUUCGCAGCUUGCCGAAGAGCAUACUUCAAGAGGAACAAGGCUAGAGAUGAAGAUGGACAUGCUGAAAAUUUCCCCCAGCAGCACUAUGCUAAGGAAACUCCAAGGCUUGCCUUCAAGAAUAACUGCGAACUACUUGUAUGUGACUGGUGUAAGCACAUAAGGCACACAAAAGAAUACCUGGAUUUUGGGGACGGGGAGCGAAGGCUUCAGUUCUGCAGUGCAAAAUGUCUCAAUCAGUACAAAAUGGACAUUUUCUACAAAGAAACACAGGCCAAUCUUCCAGCUGGACUGUGCAGCACAUUACAUCCUCCCAUCGAAAAUAAAGCAGAAGGUGCUGGGGUGCAGCUGCUGACUCCAGACUCUUGGAAUAUACCGCUAACAGAUGCUCGGAGGAAGGCACCCUCCCCGGUGUCUGCAGCUGGCCAAAAUCAAGGGCCUGGACCGUCCGCAUCAACCACCGUCUCUCCAUCUGACACUGCCAACUGCUCUGUCACAAAAAUCCCCACACCAGUUCCCAAACCCAUUACCAUCAAUGAGACUCCAAAUGUCCCUCCAGUUUCUGUUCAGCCACCUGCUAGUAUUGUGCCUCCAAUCGGUGUCCCACCUCGGAGUCCUCCCAUGGUGAUGACAAACCGAGGGCCCGUCCCCUUGCCCAUCUUCAUGGAACAGCAAAUCAUGCAGCAGAUCCGCCCUCCCUUUAUCAGGGGGCCACCUCAUCAUGCCUCCAACCCUAACAGCCCUUUGUCUAACCCAAUGAUUCCUGGGAUUGGUCCACCACCGGGUGGUCCCAGAAACAUGGGCCCCACCUCUAGCCCUAUGCACCGGCCAAUGCUAUCACCUCACAUCCAUCCCCCCACGACGCCGACCAUGCCUGGGAACCCCGCGGGAUUGCUGCCCCCGCCCCCUCCUGGAGCACCUUUGCCUAGUCUUCCCUUCCCUCCUGUCAGCAUGAUGCCAAAUGGCCCUAUGCCUAUGCCACAGAUGAUGAACUUUGGGUUGCCAUCCCUUGCCCCAUUGGUGCCACCCCCGACCCUGUUAGUGCCAUACCCCGUCAUCGUCCCACUGCCUGUGCCCAUCCCCAUCCCCAUCCCCAUUCCCCAUGUCAAUGAUUCCAAGCCCCCUAACGGCUUCUCUAGCAAUGGGGAAAACUUCAUUCCAAACACGCCCAGCGACUCAGCUGGGGGCAAGUCAAGUGGACACUCCUUGUCCCCUAGAGACUCCAAGCAAGGGUCUUCUAAAUCCUCUGACUCAUCACCCGGCUGCUCGGGCCAGUCAUUGAGUCAUGCAGCAGCUCAACAGGAGCAUGGUAAGAAUGAGGUGGUGGAUUUGACUGUGCGCUCCAGCAGCCCGGUGAACAAUAAGUUUAGUUUUUCCAGUGUGGUCCAGGGUCCUCAGGAUGGUGUGAUAGACCUGACCGUGGGCCAUCGGUCCCGGCUACACAAUGUCAUUCACAGGGCCCUGCAUGCUCAAGUUAAGGUGGAACGCGAACCUAACAGUGUUGUAAGCAUGGCUUUUGGUAGCUCUGACAAAAGGAACUGCAGCACCUGCAGGGACAAUAAUUGCAAUGCCGCUGACACAAAAACUCUGCCUGGUGGUGACUCAACCCACUGCGGGCCUGUCUCUCUGGCCGCCUCCGGCCCUUUGGGACUCGAAGCCGCCGGCGCUGCGGUUUGCAAUGUCAUCGUGAACGGGACAAAGAACACCGAGGGGUCUAAGAACUCGGAACAGUCUCCGGAGCAGCUGCCUCCAGCGCCGCCGCCGCCUCCUCUGCUUCCACCACUGCCUCCUCCUCCUCCUCCUCCUCCCCUGCCACCCUCCCAGAAGAAGCUGCAGCAGCCAGAGGAGCCAGCGGUGAGUGAAUUGGAAUCCGUCAAGGAGAACAACUGUGCUUCCAACCUCCAUAUGGAUGGAGAGGCCGGCAAAAAGCUGAUGGGGGAAGAGGCCCUCGCGGUGGGGGAUAAGACAGACCCGAACCUUAAUAACCCUGCAGAUGAGGACCACGCGUACGCUCUGCGGAUGCUCCCCAAGACAGGCUGCGUGAUCCAGCCUGUGCCAAAACCCGCAGAAAAGACUGCCAUUGCACCAUGUAUCAUUUCAACGCCAAUGCUCAGCACCGGGCCAGAGGACCUAGAACCGCCAUUGAAAAGGAGGUGCCUCCGAAUUCGAAAUCAAAAUAAGUAAAAGGAAUACUCACUCACAGGGUACCUUGCAUGGAGAAAGGGAGCAGAGCAAACCAUGUCACUCCACCAAAUGACACCAGCUGGUCAUCUCACCACCCCUCUGGCUAAAACUCAAGCAAAUAAAGCAGCUUCCUG